GGGGCUUAAAAAGAGGAUAGAAGUUUAUAUGUGGUACGAGUCUUCUUUUAAGCUAGGCUUAAAAUGGCGUUCAUUGAAAGUAUUAGUCCCCCAAAUUGGUGAAAAAAGGGGUUUAAAAUUUGCAUUAGAUUGGAAAAGUGGACUUGAAAAUCUUCUUAAGGGAUUAUAUCGGGAACAAUUUUUUUCAUUUUUAUUCACUUUAUUCACUUCGUAGGUUGUGUCAGACAAAUCUCACGUUGUAUAAUUAUUAACAAGUGAAUUAGUGAUUAACUAAUUCAACGACUUAUACGACUAUGCUCAUGUAUAUAACUACCAACAUACAAAUCCACGCGUACGAAGUCGCGGGUAACAGCUAGUCUAUCAUAUAAAAAGAUACAAUAUUAAAACACAAGAAAUGUUAUUUCAGUGUUUUUAAAAUUCUUCCCCUAGAGGGGCUAAAAGGGAGUUGAAAGUCUGUAACGGGAACGAUUUGAGUAGAGACUUGAGAUUCGUAGGUAGACCCAAUAUUAAAAUGUCUUCUUUGUCCUUUCCUUUAGUCCCAGUUCACACACAAUAUUACACGACGUUGAAUGUGUCUAUCGGGAAAUAAGUCCACACGAACGAAGUCUUCGGCAGCAGCUAGUUAAAUAGCUAAUAAACCUGUAAAACCAUACUUUGAAAGACUUAAAUAAUUUACUAAAAUAAUGGGUGUAUUAGGGAUGGGUUGGGAGGAGGUAACCCUUGAUAUUUGCGAAUAACAGAUUUUUAAUUUUUGAGACGUUUUACUUUGAAUACACACGUGAUUUUCUGUCACUUUUAAGGCAACUUUAAGAACGCCAUAAUGAAGAUAUUUACGAGUUUCCAGCGAAAUUAUCUCUCAUUCCGAGGUGAUUUUUUUUAUUUUAUUUAACUGGUUAUAUAAAAACCGUAAAACGUGGAACAGGAGAUAAUGACAAUAUUUUGAAUUUGUCGCGUUUUUCAGGUUUAAUUUCCAAAAUAUCGAAUCUAGAAGAAAAAUUGUGAGGACCAAACUUGUAGAAAAUCAAAUUUCCUACAAUUUUUGUCCUCACGGUUUUACUGUAAAAUCAAAAAUGGCCGUUUUAUUCCAGAAAAACCGUUUUUCGAAUAUACACAGGAGCCUGAUUCAGUCAACUUUUUGAAUUUACACCCCCAGUGAUCCCCCCAAGGGACCUACGAAAAAAAAACCAAGAACUAAUUAAUCACGGGUAGGGUCGGUUUUUUGGAUAUAAUGACUGUACUAUAAAACUACUGUCAUAUUUAUCACAUUCCCGUAAAACAUUUGAAGCUUUUGCACGAUUAUAUGUAUAAGUACCCCGUAAAAUUCAGUUGUCUAACCUUCUCUACAUAACUAUGACAAUACUUUUGUCAUUAAUCACAAUGUUCAGGUGAUAGGAGACAGGGGCGUGAUGUGGGAUCCAUCACAAGCGGUAAGGGAUUAUAGUCAGUCGCAAUUACGGCAGAUGAUGCAUGGAUGGCGGCCGCCGGGUUCUAAGAGCCACUUAAUGGUUACAAUUUCAUAACUCAAUGUCACCACAAAUUGAACGUACUCAAUUAAAAGUUGUUAACGUGAUCUACAUUAUAUUUAUAUAGUCUGUUUUUGCAGUAGAUACGAGUAUGUUUAACAAAGGACACUUGUGCAAUAACCCGACUGGCAUGUAUGCGUCAUAUGUUUAUAAUGAGUCGACUUUGCUCAGGAAAUACACACUUGGUUCUUGUUACUUCUGCCGAACACCCGUUAAUUAUACGACAAUGUAUAUUUCAAUUACAGUGUUCUUUUUGUUUGUCAUUUUUAAAAACCUAGUUGUGUGUUGCAAUAAAGAUGACUUGGACAAAAUCGACAGCGUUCAUCAAGAGGAGCCUUGUUCUAACAAGGGGGGAAUGUGCGUCAUAGCACCAGAUUGUCCUGACGGCCUUUUAACUCAAGAUAGUGGUCUUUGUCCUUCACAGCAAAGCGAUAGCGUCGAAUGUUGUUAUGGAAGUUCUGUUAAGGAGACAAGGUGCAGGAAAUUAGGAGGAGAAUGCAAACCAUUGUCCGAGUUGUGUCAUGUGCGUCCUGUCUAUCAACAUGCUACGGAUUGUCCUGAAAAAUAAUGCCUUGAUCAUUUAAAAAAAACGAUUAGUUUCCCGAGCAUAUCGGAACUACUAUGAAAAAGUUUUAAACCUGUGACAGAAGAAGUUAAAGCCAGGCUGUCUAUACGCCAAGCAUCCGAACAUCAUGGUGUUGUCGAUUACAUAUUGUUGGUAAAGUUUGAUAACUUUUUAUUGUUCAAUAAUUAUGCUUCUAAACAUAAAUAACUAAAACAUGACACUGUUUUGAAAUAAACUUGAAUUUUCUUAAACUA